AUGUUUCUGAACACAACUAUAAUCUACCAUCUACUGGAAGUGAUGGCAGACACGCUCAAAGACGUGCACGGCAAAGACAAGGCAACGACAGAGAAGGAUGCUGCAGCAUACGAUGGAACAAAGUUCCUCGUGCUGAAGAAGGCAACUUUCGAGAAGGGAGCUACUGACUUGGUGGCACAGGCUUCUGAAAAGGAGGGAGAAGGAGAUUGCAGCAAAAUUGAUCUAUCGAGCUCAAAGGAUGUUGGUGAUGGCUUCCUGAAGACAGAUGACAUCAUUGCAUACUUUGAGAAGGCAGACAAACUUGGUGAAUACUUGAAGAAGACCGCUAAGGAUGAUAAGGCUCACAAGGAAGCAACUGAGUACGCCAAGGACAAGAAGUUCACUGAUAACGUGCCAACGUACGUUGCAAAGGUUGUUCAGGAUGCAUUGGCUGAAGUAAAGGACAGCUGCGCUGAUCCAAAGAAGGAGCUGACUGAAAAACUCAAGAAGGGAAUCAAUGAGCAGAAUGCGUACAUUCUAACAGCAAAAAUUCAUGCAAAGGUGAACAAGGACACAUUCUUCUUCUACGUCUCUUACAAGACGGAUGGAAAGGAGUACAAGUCUGAGAUCAUUGAGGCUGAGAAGACGUCGGACGGAUUCAAAUUCAAGAAGGGUAUUUCUGCUGGAUCGGGCUCUGGAAUGGGAACUGGUGCAAAGGUUGCAAUCGCAAUAGUUGUAGUAGUCAUUGUUCUAGCACUCGUUGGUCUGGGAAUCUACUUCUACUUGGCAUCUAAGAAGAAAGAGCAGGCAGAAGAUGAGAACAUUGGAAUGGGCAAUGAACCUUAA